GUAAAAGUUUAUGAUAACAACAACAACAAGGAGAAGAAAAAGAAGCAAAACACAACAAGAUGACUGUGUGGAGUGAUUGCAAUGCAAAGCAAACAUUUGGCAUUGCCAAAUGCAACUUUGACCAGGAUGCCAAGCCACAUCGCCUCAAUUUAGAUGUCGGAGAUGCUGUCAUAAUACUCAAGGAGACCACUCACUGGUACUACGGCUACAAGCAAAAAGCUAAGGAAACACGCGGCAUAUUCCCAAAGAGCUAUGUGCAUCUGUGUGAGUACAGCAUCGUCAAUGGCGAAUACUGCAUACAGCGCACCGAUAUCGUCGAGGAGAUCACCAAAGUGCUGCUCGAAUGGGGCGGCAUAGCCAAGGAAUACUUUUUGACUACAAAUCCGAGUUUUCAAAAGAUACGCCGCAAAAUGAAUAAUUUGAAUAACAAUCGCGCUGCGCUGAUCUCUGGCAAUCUGCCGCUGGACGAGAUGCGCAAGGUGAAGCUGCAGGCAACGGCGCUGAUUGACACCGGCAACAGGCUGUUGGGUCUGGACAUGGUGGUGCGCGAUGAAAGCGGCGAUAUCUUGGACACCAAUGCCAUAUGCACCACUGAGCUCUAUGAGAAUCAUGUGAAUGCCAUGCAGCGCAUCGAUAAGGCAAAUCGCUUGUCCGGCGAGCGAGAGACGCCGCGCAUACAGAACAAAUACUCGCACAAUAUAUUGCUGCAUGUGAACGCAUUUGUGUGCAAGUUCCGCGAGGAUUCGGAUCUGCUCUUCACGCUCUUCGAUGGCGAAUCGCACAAGCCCAUCAGCGAGAAUUAUGUGGUGAAGUGGUCACGCUCUGGCAUCGAUCGUGACAUUGAUCAGUUCAACAACAAUCGCGUGCUCUUCACCGAUCUCAGUCGCAGUGAUUUGAACAUAUCAAAGUUGUAUUUGGUUUGCUAUGCCAUACGCAUUGGCGCCAUGGAGAUUAAGGACACCACAGACUCGAAGCGCAUCAGCAUGAACAUGGGCAUUGGCAACUCGAGCAACAUUAAGCAGUCGCAGUUGUCGAUUAACUCGAAUGCAUCCACCAGCAGCAAUGGCAGCGACUAUAUGCUGCGUCGUCCCUUUGGCGUCGCCUGCAAGGAUCUGACGCCCUAUCUAAGCAAGCCAGACGACUUUCGCGGCAAUUUAGACUUGCCUUUCAUUAUGUGCGAAAAGGACACGCUGGAUGGCACGCUGCGCAAGAUGAUUGCCAACAAGGAUCUGGGUAAACUGGAUUCCAAAAUGGCCGUCACCGUCGAAGUGCUGCGUGGCGACAUUAAGCAAAUCAAGGAGGACUUUCCACGUCUCGUGCACACCAAUGUGCCCGUGGCGCGUAAAAUGGGCUUUCCCGAGGUGAUUCUACCCGGCGAUGUGCGCAACGAUCUCUAUCUAACCAUUUGCAGUGGCGAAUUUGCGCGCAUUGCCAAGACCUCGGAGAAGAAUGUCGAAGUGACAGUUUGUGUGGCCAACGAGCAAGGGCAGCUGGUGCCGGGCGUGCUCAGCAUUGGCGCUGGGCAUCCGCCCAUUGAUGAGUACAAAUCGGUGGUUUACUAUCACGAUGACAAGCCCAAGUGGCAGGAGACCUUCAAAAUACACGUGCCCAUCGAAGAGUUCAAGCUUUGUCAUCUGCGCUUUAUGCUCAAGCAUCGCAGCAGCAACGAGCAGAAGGAUCGCAAUGAGAAACCCUUUGGCCUCGCCUAUGUGCGUCUUAUGCAGGCCAAUGGCACGACCAUACCCCAAGGACAGCACGUGCUGGCCGUCUACAAAAUCGAUCACAAGAAGCAUGACAAAUCCAUGGCCAACAGCUACAUGGAACUGCCAGCCACAACAGCCGAGCUGCUGGGCACCAAGCCUUCAAUUAGCGGCCUAACGCUGCUGCCCAAGGAUCAGCUGACCAUAGGUGUGAAUCUCUGCAGCACCAAACUAACGCAGAGCGUGAGUCUGCUGGGUUUGCUGCACUGGUCGGCGCACAAGGAGACUUUGGAGCAAUCAUUGAAUGCGCUAUCCACUGUGCCAGGCGAGGAGGUGGUCAAGUUUCUGCAGGAUAUACUGGACGCGCUGUUCAACAUACUCGUCGAAAAUGAUCAGCCAGAGAAAUAUGAUCAGCUCGUCUUUAUGAGCAUUAUACAUCUGAUUGAGACUGUCUCCGAUUUGAAGUAUCAGCAUUUUCUCACCGUGCUGGAUGUUUAUAUCAAGGAUAGCUUCUCCGCCACAUUGGCCUACACCAAACUGAUCGAUGUGCUGCAACGAAAUAUAAGUGAGGCCAUCACGCCCAGCGAAAAGUCCGUGGAUGGCAUCGAGCUGCAGGAGACGCUGCCCGUGCGUCGUUUAUACAAGACUACGCGCUAUCUGCAUUAUGUGAUGAAGUUCAUUAUCCGAUCACGCAUUUUGUACUCUGCCAUGAAUUGCAAUACGGACUAUGUGGAGUUUGCUACGCGGCUGCAGGAGCUGCUCAAGAUGUUUAUCGACAUGAUUGGCUGUCCAAGUAAUUUGCUUAAGUCAGAGGGAGCGCUGCUGAAGAAUCUGCACAUUAUAGCCACCGAUCUAAUGCAGGUGUUUGAUCAAGUGCAUCUGAGCACUUCCAUUGUUGAGAUAUUGGAAAAGUUUCCUUCGCGUCGUUUGACGCAAUCCAAGAUGGGCUGCAUUAAGGACUUUGUGGAAACGAAACUGUUUAGCAUGCCCAAGUGUCGUGCUAUACUGUUGCCCGUGUUCUGCAAGCACAUCAAGGAUCAUCUGGAGAGCAAGGAGGAGGGUGACUCGAAAACCGAUAUAUUGCAGCAAGAAAAGAAUCUUUCGAAAGCCGCUAAAGUGCUCGGACAGAAAAAAUGCCAACUGCACACACGUGAAACGUCUGCCAAUAAGAAGAUUGCCGAAUGCAUCAAUAUAAUGAACAAUAUAUUGAAGCUGCUCUAUCGUCCGGAUGUGGGACCCACGCACAACGAUGUGCGCGAUAUAAUGAUUAUCCUACUGCGUCCUGUGAUGAAAAUGGCGCAUGCCCUGGAUCGGGAUAGGGAUGUGGUCGGUCAGUUCUUUGCCAUUAUGCUGGGGAUAAUGCAGCGCAUGGAUGCGCAGCAUUAUAAAUACUUUGUCAACGAUUUGCAUCAGCAUGGCGAGCUCAAGGACUUUGUUAUUGAGAUACUGCUGGUGUUCGAGGAGCUGGUGUCGCCACAUCAGAAGGCUGUGUUUCCACGCGACUGGAUGGACAUGAUAAUGCACCAGAACACUGUUAUAUUGGGUGCACUGCAGCAGCUGAGUCUGGUGAUCAACGAUUAUUUUCUGUGUCCCGUGUUCGACAAGCAAAUCUGGUCGAAUUUCUUUCAGUGCUCGAUUGCGUUCCUGGUGCAGUCGCCGCUGCAGCUGAACGACUUCAACGAUAAUAAGCGUCAGAUAGUGUUUGCACGCUAUCGGGAUAUACGCAAGGAUACGGCUAAAGAGAUACGCAAGAUGUGGUUCCAGCUGGGCAAGCAUAAGCCCAAGUUUGUGCCACAGCUGGUGGAGCCCAUACUGGAGAUGAGCAUGAUACCGGAGAUGGAGCUGCGACGCGAGACGAUUCCCAUAUUCUUUGACAUGAUGCAGUGCGAGUACUACAGCUCGCGCCUGGAGAUGGAAAGCUAUGGCGACACCAAGCACAACAGCUCACACUACAAGGGCAACUUUUGCGAGUUCAAGACAGCCAUGAUUGAGAAGCUGGACAUACUCAUUGGCAUGGGCAAAGGUGAUGCGGAGUACAAGGAGCUGUUCGAGCAGAUCAUGCUGGAGUACUGCGCCAAGCACAACACACUCAAUAUGGAGGGCACCAGCUUUGUGGCCAUGGUAACCAAGCUGAUGGACAAGCUGCUCGAGUAUCGCUGCAUUAUUCAGGACGAGAGCAAGGAGAAUCGCAUGGCCUGCACCUUUUCGCUGCUGCAGUUCUACUCGCAAGUGGAUCUCAAGGAGAUGUACAUACGCUAUGUCUACAAGCUGUGUGCGCUGCACAUGGAGUUCGAGAACUUUACGGAGGCGGCGUUUACGCUCAAGCUGCACACGGACUUGCUGCGCUGGAGCGAUGAGGAGCUGUCGCCGCAGCUGCGCAGCCAUCGGCAUGGCCACUGCCGCACGCAUCGCGAGCUGAAGGAGGCGCUUUACUUUGAAAUCAUGGAGUACUUCGACAAGGGCAAGCAGUGGGAGUGCGCCAUUGAUAUGUGCAAGGUGCUGUCGCGGCAAUACGAGGAGGAGAUCUAUGAUUACAUCAAGCUGGCGGAGCUGCUCAAGCGCAUGGCACUGUUCUUUGAAAAGAUCUUGAAGGAGCUGCGUCACACUUCCGAAUACUUUCGCGUCUGCUUCUAUGGUCUGGGCUUUCCGCGUCUGCUGCAGAACAAAGUUUACAUAUUCCGUGGCAAGGAGUAUGAGCGCCACAGCGAUUUCUGCUCACGCAUACUAGUGCAGCAUCCGCAAGCGGAGCUUAUGCAAACACUGGAGGCGCCCGGCGAGGACAUCACUGCCAGCGAUGGGCAGUAUAUACAAGUGAACAAGGUGGAGCCCAUUAUGGAUGCUGCGUUUGCCAAAUUCAAUGAGAAGAUCAUUUCCAAUGAGAUUGUCAAAUAUUUCACCUCCAACAAUGUGCAAAAGUUUCAAUUCUCACGCCCCUUCCGUGACAGCACGGGCGGUGGCGACGAUGUGCGCAAUCUGUGGCUGGAGCGCACGGAGCUCAUAACACAAUUCCCAUUGCCUGGCAUAUUGCGCUGGUUCCCUGUCGUGGAUGCGCACACGUUCAAAAUAUCGCCGCUGGAGCGCGCUGUGGAGAUUAUGAAGAAGACCAAUACGGACAUCAGACAGUUGGUCAUAUUGCAUCAAAGCGACGAGAGCUUGCAUAUUAAUCCGCUGAGCAUGAAGCUCAACGGCGUUGUCGAUCCAGCUGUUAUGGGUGGCUUUGCCAAAUACGAGGAAGCGUUUCUCACCGAUGAGUACUUGGAGCAGCACGCCGAGGAUAAGGAGCUGGUAGAGGAGCUUAAGGAGCUGAUUGCCUCACAAAUUCCACUACUCAGCAUAGCCAUACGUCUGCAUCGUCAGAAGGCGCCUGAAAGCCUCAAAGCACUGCAGGAUCACUUGGAGCGCUGCUUUGCGGACAUGCAACAGCAUGUGGAGUCGCGCUAUGGCCGCAAGUCGUGCGAUCUGAAAAUCGAACGCGACUCGGUCAUAAUGCGACGCACCAACUCCUUUUUGCCCGCCAUCUUCGACAGCAGCAACAAUCGUUUGUCCGAGACCAGCAUGGGCUCCUCAGACAGCGGUCUUUCCAAGUCAACCUUCCUACCUCGUCCGCCCACAAGUUCACUGAAGUCAACGUUUGCCAGCUUGAGACCCAAUUUGGGACAUUCGCCUAGCACCAAAAGCAACAAGCUUAAAGACAAAACACCAGCCAAGCGACGCUCUAUGAAGAAGGAUCGCGAUACUUUAAGCUUACCUGUGGCUAGCUGUCAAUGGUAUACGCCACCGCUGAUGACCAUAACAUCCACGCCCGAGAAGGAAAAUACUACAUCUAUUAGCUCAUUAGCCAGCACCUCCAACACUUCGCUAAGUGGACCCAAAACUCCAGAUCCGCGUGUGCUUACCGAGGAGCUAACACCCAAGCGACCGCUGCGCUCUGAAAAGGAAAAGGAACGUCGCUUAUCGCGUCCUGCCAGCAUUGCCACGCCCACUGCAAGCAUUAAGAAUUUUACAGAUAACCGCUCGCUAUCCGAAAGCAGCAAUCGCAACUCAGUUGAAACCACAGAUUCGACAUCGGAGGAGGAUAUACGACCACCGCCGCUGCCGGCUAAGACGCGUGAUUCAACAGAUUUCAGCAGCCUGAGCUGGAAUCCCAACACUUAUAGCAUGCUCAAUGUGCUGGGCAGCAACACAACGAACAGCAGCAGCAGCAUCAGCACGACAACAACCAUGACAAUGACCAGUAUUACAAACAAUACGUACGAGUAUUUGGAGGCGACCAAUUACAGUUUGAUGACAGGCUUCCAGGAUGCCAGCAAGCCGCGUCCGCCAACGCCGCCGCCAAAGCCAUCGCGUCACAGUAAACACAUUCCAACAGAACAAGUUGCUGCGCCAUAAACGAGCAAGCAAUCGAGUGCCAAAUAUAAUCCCUUUGUUACUACUAUAUCAAUUUAGUUUUAUACACACAAAACCACAUCAAACAAUUAACUUUCGCCUCACAUGACCGCACUACCAAAUAGCAAACGGGCAUAAGUGUCUUAAUCUAACGAUUGCAAUAGUUUUAGGCCUUUUAAAUAUGUAUACAUUUAUAUUUUAAUGUUUUAUGUCAAAUGUUUAAUUAUGUUGUAAUGAUAUUAUGUUGAACAUGUCAUCAUUUAUAGCUAAACGAUCUUAUAUAUAUACAUAUUCGCAUGUAUCUCUAGAUAUGCUCUAUUAAUUUGUUUUUUGUAAUCAAUUUACUUGCCUUGCACAAGUAGAGCUUACCCUAUAUAUAUUUAUAAUAUUCAACUUAAGUGCAACUACUUUGUAUAUUUCUAAUGUAAACAAGUGCCACAACAUAUUUUAACAAUGUUAAGUCGUUAGCACAAAAUGCAAUUAACUGUCAAUUAUGCCAACUUCGUUGAACUCCUUAAGCAGUUAGCCAAAUUUUUAACUACAAAAUGCACAAAAAUGUUUACAGUACCGACAAAUUUUAUUAUAGUACUAAGUCGAUUAGAGCCAUCAAAACAAAACAUGUAUUGUUAUUUUGAAAUGAACAACUUUAACUUUUUAACUUUGUUAUACGUACAUAAACACAUAUAUGUAUAGUUAAGCAAAUCUUUAUGUUUAAUUAUGUAAUUUUGCGAUCUGUGUAUCGGCCAAAGAUUAAGCAAUAAAAUUUUAAGCAAUUAAGCGCAAUAAACGUUAAACUUA